UUGAAACGCCCAUCACUAUCCACAAAACAGCGCCAAAUGUUGUAUAGAAAUUGUUAAUUUAAAUUUAAAACAGUUUUUAAUUUAACAUAAAUAAAAUAUUAGAGCCGAAGAAGUAACAUGAAUGCCGCCUUGCACAUACGCUUAUGUAAAUUGGGGGAGAAAAACCAACUUGAGGAGCUGCGCGAGCUGAUCAAAAAAACUACCGUAAAGGAAUUAACUACAAUUCUGAAUGCCAGACUGCCCAAAAAGGAUUUCAUUAAUUUCUGGAAUUAUUUGUUACUCGCUUGCGAUGGCAACAGCCUGGACACGCAGGAAAAACGUUUCGCCUGUGUGCGCUGCUUUUUAGAUGGAUUGCGCAGUGUUGAGAUGGGCUACAAGCUAAGCGUGGACUUAAUAACACGACUCUGUCAAGACUUAAGCAGCUUUACAACAGAUCAACUGAAUUGGAUUAUGGAGCACUGCAUGGAUGAUAUGCGUGCGGGCGACGCCAAGUGCGUAGCCUGGAAGGAUUUACUGCCAGAGACAUUGCUCGUGCUCUCUGCCAAACCACGUCUUGUUAUUAAUGACAUCGCCAUGACGGGGAUAGAGUUCAGGGAUAACACUGUUCGUAAUUUGAGCACCAUGCGCUGGCCUAUCACUAUUCUGACGCCCAUUGCAGACAUGUUUAGCAUGCUAAAGCUGAGCCCUAGUGAGCGUUUGACAGUGCUAAAUAAAUUUGCAGGUUCUCUGCAGGAACUGUCUCCCAUGGAGCUACCUGCAUUGUGCUACCAACUCUUCUCAAUGUGCACAGGCGCUGCACAGCUGAUUAUACCUCUUUUAUCACUGGAAAAGUACUUUCAUAAGAACUAUUAUAAGCGAGUGUUCACGGAUAUGUGCAGCAAUUCCACAGACUUUGAUAGCAUAGAUGCAUACUCUGACAAGGAGCUGCGGGAGUCGGAAGAAACUAUACUACAUCAUUUGAACUAUUGCACCAUGUACUUGCUUAGCGAACAGCAAGUAGCCAUUAUGCUAAGAAACUUUCUGCACAUGCCUGAUGUAAUUUUAACUCCCUUUAUGCUCAGUGCUAUCAUUUCCAUGACAGCUAUUAAUCGUGAUCCAGAAUCUGCACGAUUCUCUAGCUGUAUUUUAUUGCCUUUUCUUCGCAAUGUCAUUCGAAACAAUGAGGAGGAGCAAACGCUGGCUCAGUAUUCAGUUUGGUGCCGUGAUACGCUACAACGCAAACAUGUAGAUCUGCUGCAGGUUUUCACUGUGCUUAUUGAUCAAAACAAAGAUGGCAAGGAUGGGGUAACACCCGGGCUGGUUAACUUGGCUUUCACUCUGCUUAAAGCACACAAUGCCCCAAAGCUGAAUACGUUGGCUAUUACGUUUCUGACCAAGUUCAUAAGACGACGAUUCAUGUUUGGCCAAGGAAUUAUCAAGCGCAUUGCCGAGUGGAUGGUCGUGGAUCAGGAGCAGAAUCAGUUCUCAGAAUGCUUAACCAUGUUAAGCGUUGCGGAUACGUACACUGUCUCCGAGUGCCUAGAGACAAUUACAACCGUAAUGGAAGAUUUUCUGUGGCUGCCCGGCGAGCAAUCCAUGCGCAUGAUGAACUUUAUUUUGCCUCUGUUGAAGCUUUCAAAUCGCGUGCGAGAUGCACUGAUUGAAGUGCUACGUAAAGCCAUGAACAAAGACUAUCGAACACGUCGCAUGGCCAUCUUUGGUUAUUGUAUGAUUCUCAAACAGCUAAACAACAGCAACUCGGCUCGUCAAUCGCAGAAUGCCAGCAGCUUUUGCACCCAACAUAGUAUUUCUGGCUACUCAAUGAUGACACAGAGCUCCUUUGCCAAUCGCAGCAAUCCACAGCGUAAUUUUGAUAUGCUCACAAUGGAGAUCAUUGGCAUAUUACGCAGCUGCUUUGAACAGCAAUUGGGCAUACGAUGCACGCUCUACGAGAAUCUUCAGCGUGCAGUGGAACUGAAUGCCAAGCUGGUGCCCCAUGUGCUGCAGUUUGUAGACUUUCAUUUUCGUGGAUUCUUCGAGACGCCCAGUGUGGAUCAGUCCGCAGAUGAUCUGGAUACUGACUUUUCUAUAAACUAUGAUCGUCUAGUGACCGUGAAAGAUGAUCAGUUGGAGCUAAAGGAUAAUCUGGGCUGUUUGGUGCAGUUUGUUGCCCAUUGUUUGGCUAUUUUUGAACGCGGGCCUUUUGGUUGCGAUGUGCGUGAAAUGCAACGACUACUGACGCUCUGCACGCAACGUUUGGUAGCCAACAGGCUAUCUUUGGAAGAUAUUGCUCCGCCAGCUACACCUUUGAAAUGCGCUCGCAUUCAGCAACAGCUGAAUUUGAUUGAGGGCUUGAUUGCUCACUCGCUGCUUAGCUCGAAGACAGGCAACAAUGCAUUGCGACAGUUGCUACCCCUGUUUAAACAGCAUCAAAAGCUGAUUAAAGAUCUGCGCGCCUUGUCAGAUACUUCCAAGAAAGCACAAAAGCAAGGGAAAUCCAAUGAUAGUAAUGUGACAGUUAAUCUUAGCGUGAAUGCAGCCAAGUUGAAGCAAAUGUGCACACAGCCGGAAAAUAUUUGGGAUCUGGCUAUCAUUGAAAAGUUGCUACAUGUGCUGCAUGACGAUCAUAUACCAUUUGCAAGUGUAACAAACACUGCUCCUUUGCGCAGCUAUGAGCCGCUCGUGCGUUAUGUUCUAGAGAUUACAGCAAAGAAAGUGCAGGGCAUACGCGAGGAGCCUGAUUAUAAGCAGCUCUCCUACAGCAAGCGCACCUUAAAGUUGUUGACAGACAUUACUAAAGUCAUCUAUGAGCGCUGUAUUCAACGUCUACCUGAGCUUUGGCAAGACUUUGAUCUGGAGAGCGCAGUCCUAGCGGCCAAGUGCUUUACGCAAUGCGCUCGUACUGCCCACGAGACAUAUGGCAGACGCUUCAAAGAGUUUAUCAAAGGUUUUGAUAUGGCAAUUGUUAAUAAAAGCAAAGAAGUAACCUAUGUGCUGCAAGAUGUGCUAGUCCGGUAUAUGAAAGAGGAUAUCAGUAAUGAUGUCAAUAGCGAGAAGCUGCCUGUUUAUUUGCUGGAAGCCCUGGAGCUGUUUUAUGAUCAUAUACACUAUGGAGAGCGCGCAACAAUAGAUUCCUACACUUGGCUUCUAGACUUUUGUCAAACGUACGAACAGCAGAAUCCAGAAAUGGGCCUGGUGCAUCGCAUUCUCUUUACUCAGCGACAAAAGACGCAUUCCGGUCCAUUUUUCGACUCAGUGGCAAGGCAACUGGGGAAAGUGCUUGGCUGGCAGAACGAUGAUAACGUCACAGAGCAAUCGGACUUGGGCCUGAAAUCUCUCAAUAUGAGCACAACAGCCACUUGUUUGCAGUAUCUAUAUGCGGCGGUGCAGAAGCAGCUGGAGGAUGUUGACUACUUUAUUAUCAAGGCGAACAACUUGAGCUACAAGUGCAACAUUGUACCUGAAUCGGAUCGCGUCUAUUGGCGCGGCAAUCUGGACACAUUAGAGGGCUCCGUUUGUGCGCAGCUAAUACUUAUAACACGCACGCUGCUGGAAAUUACAAAUGUGUGUAUUCCCCUUGGAAAUCACAUGGAUGGGCUGAUGAAGCUGCUAAUACAGCAUUAUACAUGCCUCAAAAAUUUGGCCAGACAUUAUCUGGGCAGCUGCUCUGGCAAAAGCAGCAAAUUCGAGCAGUUGGUGCGCAACGUGGGUAAACCUCUGCCCGCUAAUAUUUAUCAGCUUAUAUCAUAUGUGGAGUAUAAUAUUCUGGAUGAACAACCUAACCAGACAGCUACAAAACGUAAACCUCAAGCAGAGCGAGCUAAAGUGCUGCGCGAGACACGAUUGAUACCAAAAGUUAUAUUAGCUAUUGAGAAUUUCAAUAAGCAUAUUAUAUUGUUGUCAAAGAAGUUCAAAAGCUAUGAUCGGCUGGCGAAUUAUUUGCACUUUGGUGCUGUGCGGGAUUUCAAUAUACAAUCGGGUGACUUGAGAGCUGUUAUUGAACGCACGUAUUCGCAUAGCAGCCAGAUUGAGGUGUCUGAUAACAAUUUGGAUGCUGAUGAGGAACACAGUAACAGCGAUGAUGCAUUGCCUGUGGAGGAAGAUGAGGUGGAUUACGACCAACAGGAGCGGGACCGGGAGCAAAAGCAGGAGCAGGAGCAGAAAAAGAAGCCGAGGCAGCAAACGACGCGGGAGCAGAAGAAGGUGCCGUCAGAAAAGCAACAGGAAACCACUCGCAAAAAUCAGCGUAGAAGACACGUAGAUGAGGCGGGGGAGUCACAGCCAAAACGAAGGCGUGGACGUUCUAACAAGGAGGACGCCUAAUGCGAACCAUCUCCCUUCUCCUUUCUCUAGUACGACUCGCAUAUCCAUUUAAGUUUUUAACUUGUGUUUUUAUGUACUUUCGCGCAAAUUUGAUGCCCGCACGCAAUAGAGCAACUGCUGCGGAUCCGGGUCCAUCAUUUUAUUGCACUUGAAAACUUAAUUAGGCCAAAAUGCGGUGUGAACGCCUAUUUUUGUGCUAUAUUUUUGUAACGUGUUUCAUCUGUGCAGCUGUGCGAGAUUUUUAUUACAUGCAUCAAAUGUAAUUUGUUACCAAAUUUGAUGUGUUUCUAUCUUCUUCAAAACGGCAUAAAUAAAAGAAAGCUGGCCGAAUGGGA